AUGUUGACUGCUGAACAUGUAGUUAUAGAAAGCCACUUAGAUAGGUCUAAUGAUAAUAAUGCUGAUUUAUAUGAUUCAGAUAUUUCAAAUGAUAAUAAGAAUCCUAUGAGUCCUAUUAACGAUAAUAUUUUAGAAAAUAAGUCAACUCAUUCAAAUUUUAAACUUAGUGGUUUUGCUGUCAAGAAAGAAGUUAUGCAUAAAGAAGAACAAAAGUUCAAAGAAGCUGAUAUUAUAAAAAAGUCUUAUUUGAAACUUAACCAACCUAUUGAUGCUAAUGAUAAUCUGCAUUAUACUUAUUUUAAUUUGAUAAUUGAUUGUACCUUUGCAGAUCUUAAUACUGAAAAAAAUUCUAUUGCAUUUGAAAUAGCUGUUGCUUUAAACUAUCUUGAUUCUUCAAAAGGAAUUAGCAUAGUUCUAAGUGAAGUUGCAGAAUGCAUAAACCACAUUUUUGAAAAAAUACAAGUCCUAGAACAUGAAGAAUUAUAG